AUGGAGUGCGUUUUGUGCUUGGCUGGACCAAUUUUUAAUAAAGAGGAUCAUCAUACUGAUUUGCCAAAAAUUGGUACCCUGAAGAAUUUCUUUAUGACAUCAAUUGUUCCGAUAUUGCAGAGUAAGGAUGUGAAUGAGUUUCCAAUGCUCAAGGCUGGCACACUAAAAUUCUUCACAAUGUUCUGA